UUUUGAAAAAUGGAUGAGUAUGGAAUUGAAGAGUUGUAUAAUGGAGUUAUAAAUGAUGUUAUCAAUCAAGUACGUCCAGCAUUUUCUGAUGAUGGCGUUGAUAUUGAAAUUUUGCGACAUUUGAAGAAGGCGUGGGAAGAGAGGCUUCAAACUGCUAAUGGUUUUUAAAUAAAUUUUUUUCGUUAUAAUAAAAUUUUUAUAGAAUGGUCAGGAUGUAGUGCGUCAGAGUCUAAGGUAAAAAAAUAAAAAUUGGGGAUCAAAACGCUGAAAUACCAAACUGGAACUUGGACUCGUAAGUUUUUUCCAAUAACGGGUAAAGGUGUUCCAAAGGAUG